AUAAAAUCUCUUGCGAGAGGACGUGACAAAUUAAAAGAACAAAUAUAUUUUUGGGUAAAAAAUCUGCUCAGUUCUUAUUCAGAUGCUGAAUUGAUUGGAUUAAAGUGUUGUGUUAUUAAUAUUUCAUUCCGGACUUUGAUAUUGUUAUUUUUUUGUGAAUUUAUUCCUGAAUAUUUUUAAGAAUUAAAAGUUUAAAAAAAAAAUGAAAAACAUUUUGGAUUAUUUCCUGAUUUUUGUGGCCACCCUCACCACAAUCCAAGCUCUUCCAGUUAAAAGACAAACAGCAGACAACCCAGAUACUCGACCAACAGUAAGUGACAGAUAUGGAUUCUUAGGAGGAUUUCCAGAUUUCAGUCAGCCAUUCAACCCAAAUAGUUUUGGAUUCAACAUGUUCGGGUCGAAUCCAUUUUUAAAUCAAUUUUACCCUCAAAACCAAUUUUUUCCACAAAAUCAAUUUUUCGGCAACUCCAUCAAUCAAUCGCCUCCACAGAAUCAGCAAUUUCAGCCACAAAACCAGCAAUUUCAGCCACAAAACCAACAAUUUCAACCACAAAACCAACAAUUUCAGCCACAGACUCAACAAAGUCGACCCCAAAUCCCACAAAGUCAACCACAAACCCCCCAAAAUCGACCUCAACAGAAUCAACAGUUCCAACCCCAAACUCAACAAGUACAACCUCAGACCCAGCAGAAUCAACAAUCUCAACUACAAAAUCAACAACAGCAACAAGUAGUGUCAACAACAGUCUCUCCACAAGUUCAAGCAUGCAUCGACUCGUGUAUCGAAAGUACAGCCGGUCAAUAUAACCCAGUGUGCGGAAGCGAUAAUCAAACAUAUCAUAAUCAAGAGAGACUUGAUUGUUCAGCCGAGUGUGGACGAAGUAUUCGAGCAAUUCAGCGUGGCGCAUGUCCUCGUCCAACAUUACCGCCAUGGCAAAGGCAACAGUGAUGGGAAUUUUGGGACAGAAUUAUUUAAUGUAUUAAACUUAUUCAGUAAUUAUUAAAAAUAAAUGCUAUGUUAUUGUGUUUAAAGCUUGUCUUGUUCAUUC